AUGGCCGAUCGAUUUGCAACUAGAGACUUCCACAUCCGGAAGCUUUUCCUUCACUAUUCCUUUCACCCGCAUGACACCUUUACGGUCCUGCGGUUCUUCUUCUAUUUCACUGGCCUGGGCAUCAUGACUGCCGUCAGCUUCCAGCGCUGUCUGUCCUCCUUCUUCCCUAUUUGGUAUCGGUGACGUUGCCCCAAGCACCUGUCAGGCAACUCCAGGCGAGCUCCCAGCAGCACUGGCCCCAAAAAGCUCUACCUGGUCCUUCUGUUCUCGGCCCCGGGCUUCUUUCUCUUUGGCCUGCGCCCCUGCAUCAUCCGGUUCCUUGUAGCUGACGUGCAAAACCACACCCUCAGCGACGCCUGCAUCCUCCUAUCCUGUGCCAACAGCACGGCUAACCCUGCUCUUUACUUUUUCAUUGGGGGCCUUCAGAGACGGCAGCUGAGGGAGCCCCUCAAGCUGGUCCUCCAAAUAGCCCUGGGCGAGGAAACAGAGGAUGGUGAAGGUGGGAAGGUGCCCCUGACUGGCAAGGUGGAGAGGGUGGACCUCUGA